CAAUACUGUCAUCAGUUAAAAGUUUUGACAUUUUAAUAUGACAAGAACAGAGUUGAUUUUAUUUUUUAUAUUUUGCAACAUAUGAUAUUAUUUUCAGUUGGAGCUGUGAGUUUGUCGCGUUAAUUGGUGUUGUGAUUGUUGCGCGGUUAUACAAAAUAUAUUUAAAAUCUGGCGAACAUUAAAUAUACAUUAAAGGAUAUUUUAAUUUUAACGAAAACAAUUUUUUAAAAAAUUGUAAUACGAGUUUUAUAAUAAUCGUUAUUGGAACAUAAGUGCAGGCACAAUAGUACAAAUUUUACAAAAUGCUGACGAGAACAGUAUUUCAAGGAAAUCUGAUUAAAUUGUACGCCUCGGCCAGGGCAGCUCGUCUCACUGCAACAACUCAAAUAUUGUCUCCGUUGUUUCUAAACGCAAACACACGACAGUAUCAUGAAGUGGUUGGUGAUACACUCUGUCCAUCACAAGUAAUGGGCAUCGAUCACAUCAGAGAUCCGCGCUUAAAUAAAGGCUUAGCGUUUACUCUCGAAGAACGUCAAACACUUGGCAUACACGGCCUGCAACCCGCCAGAUUUAAAACACAAGAAGAGCAGCUGGCAUUAUGUAAAAUUGCUGUAAAUCGGUACACGGAUUCUUUGAAUAAGUAUUUGUAUCUGACGGACUUGUCUGAUCGUAACGAACGAUUAUUCUACCGUUUUAUGGCGGAAAAUAUCAAAGAUAUGAUGCCUAUUGUAUACACGCCAACCGUUGGUUUGGCAUGUCAACGAUUCGGUUUAAUUUAUCGUCGUCCCCGUGGUUUGUUUAUAACAAUUAACGAUCGUGGUCACGUUUUUGAUGUCAUCAAAAAUUGGCCUGAACCCGACGUACGUGCUAUUGUUGUCACAGAUGGGGAGCGUAUAUUGGGUCUUGGUGACUUGGGUGCUAAUGGAAUGGGUAUACCUGUUGGAAAGCUUGCUUUAUAUACAGCAUUAGCGGGCAUAAAACCACAUCAAUGUUUGCCUAUAUUAAUUGAUGUGGGUACCAAUAACAAGGAUUUGCUCGAAGAUCCUUUAUAUGUGGGUUUACGACAAAAACGUGUCUCAGGUCGGGAAUAUGAUGAUUUUAUAGAUGAAUUUAUGGAGGCUUGUGUUAGGCGUUACGGACAGAAUGUGCUUAUACAAUUCGAAGAUUUUGGAAACCAUAAUGCUUUUAGAUUCUUAGAUAAAUAUCGUAACAGUUUCUGCACAUUCAAUGAUGAUAUACAGGGAACUGCGUCAGUAGCUGUUGCUGGCCUUUAUGCUUCAAAACGUCUUACUAAUAUGAGUUUCUCAGAUUACACUUUUCUAUUUGCUGGUGCUGGUGAAGCUGCACUUGGUAUUGCGGAACUUGUAGUUAAAGCAAUGGUUGAGGAAGGUUUAGGACUAGAGGAAGCACGCAAUAAAAUUUGGAUGUGUGAUAUUGAUGGCUUACUAACAAAAGAUCGUCCAGAUGAAAAACUUGAAGGCCACAAAAAAAAUUUUGCAAAAGAUCACAAACCUACAAAGAACUUGCAAGAGAUUGUAACAGAAAUAAAACCAAAUGUGUUAAUAGGCGCUUCCGCUGCUACUGGCCUUUUUACUCCAGAAAUUCUACGUCUUAUGGGUCAGAACAAUAAAAGACCAAUUGUAUUUGCAUUAUCAAAUCCUACUAGCAAAGCAGAAUGCACUGCACAACAAGCUUAUGAGAAUACUGAUGCACGUGUUAUAUUUUCUUCAGGCUCACCUUUCCCACCAGUAAAAAUAAAGGGAAAAACGUUCUAUCCCGGUCAAGGAAAUAAUGCAUAUAUUUUCCCUGGUGUGGCUUUAGGUGUAAUUGCUACCGGUACUCAUCAUAUACCCGAUGAGAUGUUCCUAAUUGCAGCACAAGAAUUAGCAAACAUGCUAGAAGAUAAGGAUUUAGAACAUGGAUCAUUAUACCCUGAUUUAAGUAAUAUACGGGAAGUUUCAAUACGCAUCGCAAUGGGUGUAACGAAAUCUGCAUACGAUUUGGGACUUGCAUCUACCUAUCCAGAACCACAGGAUAAACGAAAAUGGCUUGAGAAACAAUUGUACAACUUUAAUUAUGACAGCUCUAUGCCGGUGACAUGGUCCUGGCCACGCAUGCCGUAUAUCAAGACUCGUGAAUUAGUUCCAACAAAGCUCUUUGGAGAUAAAACUGAUAAAAAAGAAGAUAAUAAAAAAGAAGAUGAAAAUAAAAAGAAAGAAGAUAAACCUACAGAAAAGACGCCAGUACAAGCAAAAAAGUAAUAGAUUGACUGUUAAAACCUGCUAUCCACAAAUUGGCUGACGUACUUGUAAUGUUUUGCUACAUCCUACUGUAUCAGAAACAUUAUAAACGUUUUUUAUCCUAAAUUUAUUAUCCGGAAUUAUUACUGUUAUCAUUUAGCUGAGCUAUGACUUUUUUUACAAUGUACUAAUUAAAUAUAAUUUAU